AUGGCUGCCCCCAGCAGGAAAGAGGUUUUUCGACUACUCUCUCGAUUCGGAGCGAUUAUUUUGACCCGAUUUGGGUUUUGGAACUGUUUUAGUAUGUUAAUGUUAUUUGCUGAGCGAGCAGAUAUUAAAAGGAAGCCUGACAUCCAGGUUCCCUACCUGUAUAUUGACAUGGCAGCUGCCGUCCUAUGCGCCAGCUUCAUGUCUUUUGGGGUGAAAAGGCGGUGGUUUGCACUGGGAGCUGCUUUGCAGUUGGCCAUCAGCACGUAUGCCUCACACAUUGGAGGGCAUGUGCUUUAUGGAGAUUGGUUGAAGGUGCGAAUGUACUCCAGAGCUAUCGCCAUCAUAGGCGGUUUCCUUGUGCUGGCUAGUGGAGCAGGGGAAGUGUACCGUCAGAAGCCCCGUACAAGGUCUCUGCAGUCCACUGGACAGGUGUUCCUGGGGAUAUACCUCAUCUGUGUGGUGUAUUCCCUCCAGCACAGUCAGGAAGAUAGGAUGGCCUACUUGGACCACAUUCCUGGUGGAGAGCUCACCCUGCAGCUCCUGUUCGUGCUGUACGGAGUGCUGGCGCUCUCCUUCCUCUCGGGCUACUACGUGCGUCUGGCCGCCCAGAUCCUGGCCACCCUGUUGCCGCUGGUGGUGCUCUUCAUAGACGGCAACAUCGGCUACUGGCACCGCAGCCGGCAUGUGGAGUUCUGGAACCAGAUGAAGCUGAUCGGGCAUAACGUGGGGAUCUUUGGGGCGGUGCUCAUCCUGGCCACAGACGGCUGAAGAGCUGUUCCUCGAUGAAGGGCAGCUGUCCGUCAGGAGUUAGAAUGGCAGGCAGGAAAGCAGGGCAUGUAGGGGUAUGCUAUCCAAAAGCCACCAUCCUUUUGGCCCUUAAGACUAACAGGCACUCUGGGGUGGGGUAUGGAAGGUGCGUGAGCUCAUGAGCUCGGACUACACCCUGCUUCUCUCGUAUGCGAAAGAAAAGAAACGGCCUGCUUUUUAUCUUGAGAAUAUGAAUGCUAUGUUACAUGACAAUUAUUUUGUAGCAUUUUGCGUCUGGGACUGAAAAUCAUGGCAUAUUCAUGGGUAUUAUUUUAUCUAUUGUGAAAUGGGUAUGCUUUUAAAAUCAAUGUUAUAUUCUGGUCCACUGAGGGCAGGUAUUAAAUAAAUUUUGAAUACGGGGGUGAAUAAUAUAGCUCUGCAUUUAGUUAUAGUGCUUUGCUUUGAUUAGUUUCGGAGGGUCUGUGUUUUUUUUUCUUAUUAAACUGACAGAAAUGCUCCAUUGCUGAUGAAAUAUAAAAUUAUUUUGUACAUUCUAUUAUAUUAAUAGAACAAUUAUUGUACCUGUUCUUUAAAAAAAAAAAAAUCUUACAGUGCAAAUAUAAAAUACAUGUUUUAAGGCUUGCUCUUGCCCCUUGGCACACAGGCAACAGAGUGUGUUUAGAUAAUUUAGAGGUAAUGUACAGUGGUGUUUUUUUUUUUGCAUGUUUGUCACACUUAAAUGUUUCAGAUCAAACAAAUUUAAAUAUUAGUCAAAGACGACACAAGUAAACACAAAAUGCACUUUUUCACACAGGGCCAUGUAGGUUUGGAUUUUUUUUUCUCCCUUAAUAAUAAAAACCUUCAUUUAAAAACUGCAUCUUGUGUUUACUUGUGUUGUCUUUGACUAAUAUUAAAAUUUGUCUGAUGAUCUGAAACAUUUAAGUGUAACAAACAAGCAAAAAAAUAAGAAAUCAGGAAGGGGGCAAACACUUUUUCACACCGCUGUAUGUCUUCCAUGCAGCACUGCUGAAAAGAGUACACAGAUUAUAUGAUCUGGGAUUAAGCCCUCAACCCACACACUUUUAUUACAUGCCUUUCCCAACCUACCUGGAUCUUGUGAAUAUAUUUUUUUUUUAAACAUGGCCCCAUUUUUGGCACUCCCUCAGGUGCCGGCCUUACGCUGGUCGUAUGUGGGCAGCUGCAUUGAAGUAAUGUACAAAACCUUCACCACUGCGCACAAGUACAAGUGUACAAGUAAAAUAUGGCACAGCAGCUCAGCAACUGUUAUUGCAACCAUACAUUUAAAGUCGGGAUAUACACUCAGUGAUCCCGUUAUUAGGCAUUUGUUCGUCUUUUUUAAACUUAAUUAUUGUCUGCAUACCACUGUUGCAGCGCAUGCUUAUUUGAGUUACUAUCACCUUACUGUCUGCUUGAGACAUUUUUCUCUGACCUCUCAAAAACGUGGUGUUUUAGCCCUCAGAACUGCCGCUCACUGGAUGAUUUUGUCUUUCCCACCAAUAAACUAUAGAGACUGCUGUGCACAAAAAGCCCAGGAGAUCAGAAGUUUCUGAGAUCCUCAAACCACAGUCAAGGUCACUUGGCUCACAGUCCUUCCCCAUGCUGGUGUUUGGUCCAAACAACAACUGAACCUCUUGACCAUGUCUGCAUGCUUUUAUGCAUGGAGUUGCUCCCUCAUGAUUGGCUAAUUAAUUUGCCUGAUUAAAUGUUGCAUUAUUGAGCUGGUCUACAGGUCUACCUGAGUGGCCACUGAGUGUAUGUGCUGUAACAUGUAGUGUGGUUGACUUGAGCCUUUUGGUGACAUCGUUUCCGGCAUUGUGCCUCCUCAUGGCAAUCUUACUCUAAGAUCUGAUAACUCCUGUGAAUCUGUAAAGGCAUUCCAUAAAGCUUAUGCUUGCCCUUUUCCAAGUUCUGCAAUGGGUGCUACAAAUUGGAUGUGAUCAUUACAGGGACUGUGAGAAGUAAAAUGCUGCUCGGCCCAUAACUGAGA